GGCACGUGAGUCUGCCAAAUGUGUUUCCACUGUGUGUGACAAACGGGGGGGGAGGGGCAGAGGGAGGUUCUGAGUAGAAACAGAACGUCCAAUGUUUCAUAUUACACUCUUUGACUGGGGAGAAAAAACAGAAGAAGAAGAAGAAGAGAAGGAGGAGGAGGAGGAAACUCUGGGCUUCUUUUCUUCAGAGGCAUUUAACUGGGAGUUUAUGGAGGCUGCAGCCGUGGAAAAUGAAGAUCUCCUCUGUGGUCUUCGCUCUCCUGACUCGAGCACUGCUUGGAGAUUUAUGUUUGGCCGUCAACGUCACGAUCAUCCCUUCCCCCUUCACGGUGGCCCAGGAGGGUCAAAAUAUCACCCUCUCCUGCAUUGUGUCCCAGCGGCGCCGCAACACUGCUCUCCCAGUGGUGAAAUGGACCUUCCUGCCAGCGGGGACAGACCGGCCAGAGGACGAACUCCUCAUAGCCCGCGUCAACAUGAGGAAGGCCCGUUUCUAUGGCAACUACACAAAGAGUUUCCCGUGGCCUAAACUGAAGCUGACGGUGGUAAAGCAGGGGAAGAUCUUUGACCUGCUGAUCUUGAAUGUGUCCGAGGGGGACCGUGGGCUCUACAUGUGCCGGGUGCAGGAGUUUAAAAAGCACCAAAACCGCUGGAAGGCCUCAUCAAACUGCACUGCUGCGACUGAGCUGAGAGUGCAUCUUUUACCGGCCACCAAGGCCAAAGAAAGCCUGUGGAGCUUGUUUGAAGAUGUGUACCUGUGUGCAGUGCUGAUCUGCUCAGUGGGUCUGCUGUGUAUGUGCAUGUUCACGAUAACAGUAACCUGCCAGUACAUACAGAGGAAACAGAGGUUAAAAGAUAAUUACCACUUGGUCAAAAGCCCUCAGAACAGCUCAGGAGAGACCGUCACCAGUCUGGUUAGCGUGUCUCCUGCUCUGCCUAAGAAGGAGCGAAGGUACAGGAAGAAAAGGAGCAGAGACUACCAGGUGGAGAUACCACCAGAGAUACCUGCAAAAGCUCCCAUUGGAGACAAAACAAGGAAACCCAAACUUUUAAAACCGCAACCAAGGAAAGUAGUGUUGCCGAAGAUAGUGGAGGAGAAUCUGACCUACGCAGAGCUGGAUCUGGUGAAACCCAUUCCAGAAACCAAGGCAUCAUGUAGCGGCACUGUGUAUGCUCAGAUACUGUUUGAAGAGCAGCAGCUAUGAGAGAAACACACACACCACUACUAACUGUGUCUUGUGUAAAAAAAAAUAUUGUCUAUUUAAAGUCUGUAUUGUUUUGUAUUCCUAUGGUUUGUGAAGGGCAAAAUGUCUCACAUUUAUUGUACAUAUGAUUUUAUAUAUUCUUUCAUUUAACUUCAUUUUAUGAGACCAAGAUGCAAAAGGAAAUGUUUUGUGUUAUAGAAAUUUCCUUUGCACCAGUGUUUGUAUUCUGUGUAGCUUAAACUGGAAACAUAAUAGAAGACUAUGGUGCAUUAAGACCAGAUUUGUCUAUCAUGACAGUCGGAGGGGAGAUUGGACUUUUGAACUCGCGGAUUAAUCUGCCUGUUCAUAUAAAACUUUCAUUUCAUAUUUGUAAUCUGAUAUCAGAAGGUUAAUGUCCUGUGGUGUGUUGUAGACACUCAGGAUGAGGUGAAGGGAGAUAAAGCAGUUGAUACUGGUCUGAUGUCUGUGCAUUAUGUAUCAAACUAGAAACAUGAAGUGAUAAGCUUAGCUAGGCUUACCAUUAAGAGUGACAGCAGGGGAAAACAGUUAGCCUGGCUUUAGCCUGCUAGCUAGGGGAAGUGAAGUGUUGCAACUGUUUAUUUACAAAUAUAUCCAAGUUGUUGUCAGCCACGAACAAAACUACAUUAUGCAACUCUGUAAAGCUACAAAUUCUUGUUUUUCCUCUUCUAUAUUUUUAUGGAUAAAAAGCAAAUAUGAUCUUAUGUGUUCAUUGGUGAGCAUCAGAUGUGCUAGUAGGUGUAUCGAAAAACCUUUGUUUUCCCCUGCUUCCAGACUGUUCUGAGCUGAACUGAUGUCCCUUAUGGCUCUAGUUUCAAACUUAAUGUACAGACAGGACCGAGGUAUCGAUCUUCUCAUCUAAGCUGCUUCAUAAAAUGACAAACUAUUCCUUUAAAUUCAUAAAUACACAUUAAUCUGGAUGCUGACAUUUUCAUAAAUUUAUGUUUAAGCAACAACAUGUCAUACCAAAUAGGUUUCUGUGAGGUCCUGACGUCUGAAAUUUCCUCAGUCAGUUGUUUUCACAGUGAAUUGUGGGAAACCUCAUCUCGAGUAGGUCUAAGCAGAGUUAUCAAGGCGAGACGAGGUAAGAUCAAGACAUCAGCUGUUAUUGGAUGUGAAUCAGUGUAUUUCCAAAUGUGAUUAACCUCUAGUGUGUUUCCAGCAUUAUCUGCCUCACAACAUCUGCAUCUCAGUUUCAUUCAGUCAGAAUCUUUGUAUCAGGUUGCAGUUCAUAAUGACCACAACUCCACAGAGUUGAUAUUGAAGUAACGAUUAGCCCCAUGACCUCCCCCUACGGGCAAGUAUGUGAGACCAUCCAAGCCCUUUCAUGUGGUGCCAACAGCCACUUAGCACACCAGUGACAUAUGAACAUACUCUAUAUACAAACAAGGGUGGAGUUACAUGUAGGCUAAAUGCCGUCAAACUUAAAAAGGCACAUACUAUAAAUCCAAAACGCUGCAGACAACUGUGACACCUGAUCUACAAACUGGGAAAAACUAAUAUCAGUAUUUGAACUAUUUCACAUUAAUGUAGUUUACUUCAAAGCUUAAGGAGAUUUUGUUGUUCGACUUGAGAUAAGAGCCAGAAGCCAUAUCAGCUGAAACCCCACAUUCCUUUGUACAGUCUCUUUGCUUUCUCACUUUCCACGAAUCUGAGUGUGAAAGUGCUUAGGCCUCUUUUUCCAUUUAAUGAUCCUCUGGAUGCAGGCACGGAAAAGCAAAGGAGAGUGUUUUAAACAGUGAACUUGAAACCCAGACACAAAGGCACCGGAUCCCUCCCUUCCCCCAAGACCUCCACUAUCUUGUGUGGAGUUGUCCAUAAAAAUGGAGCGGUGGUGGAGGAGGUACUCGUUUACUUUGGUAAAAAUAAUAAAACAAUGAUGUUAAAGUACCUCAUUACACACAAAAUUCCUGCAUUCCAAAUCUUACUCAAGUAAAACUACAGAAGUACUAUCAGCACAAUGCACAGAGUAAUUAAAGUCAAAGUGAAAAGUACGCAUUUAACAAAAAAUGGCCCCUGUGAGUGUUACCUUAUUGUAUAUUACAUGAAUGGUUUCCAUUACUGGUGCAUCAGUGUGUAAAAGUACCGUAUUUAACUGUUGCAUUAGUCGUGUUGAGUGUUUUCCAACCUAGGGGUCGCGUCCCUCCCAAGGGUCAUCAGAUAAAUUUCAGGGGUCAUGUGGCGAUCAGCAUGAGUCAUCUAAAUGAAACCGAAAUGAGAGGUCCCUUUUGCAGGGUCGACAACUUUUACACAUCUCAGUUAUGAAGAGAGAGGCCCCAGCCAGACAUGAACCAGACGCUGGUGUAUUCUUUAAAAAUGUGUUGUAUUUCAUACUCUUAUUGAGUCUUUCUUAAAUCGUAACUCAAGUGACUGUGAGAAAAAUACAGUGGAGUAAAAAGUACAAUAUUUCCCUCUGAAAUGUAUUUGUGAUGUGAAUCGCAGUAGCAGAAAAUUGUAAUACAGAAUACAGUUGCCUCAGAACCGUACUUUAGUACAGUAUUUGAGUAAAUGUAUUUAGUUGCUUUCCACCACUGCGAUGGAGUUCCUCACAAACAUGAGUCCCUCUUUCCCCUGCAUGCCUUUAGUCAUUGUCAGACUUUAGCUAAAUCAGCACAUAACAUGAGCAAACCGAUCUGAUUGUAAUUAGAGAAUCUAUAUAGGUGGUUUUUGCUUUACUUAUGUAAUGAGAAACUAUGGACCAACUAUGGUUAGCUAGCAAACAGCUGAUGUACACAUGAAAUUUCUGAGACUGAUGUGUUGAAACAGUCUGUCUCCACCAACAAAAGACAGAAGUUCUCAUGUCUGUUUUAAAAUGUCAAGCCAGUUAUGUUGUAUGAUAACCACAUAUUUAUAAUCUUUACAGCAAGCUGGUGGUUGCAGAUUUUUACAUUCUUUCUGCUCCUGCCUAUAUAUUAUGUUUCAGAACAAACCACUAUCGCCCUCCAUUUGUCACCAUUCCAAUUUUCCAUUGUUGUUCUCUUUUGUGUUUUUCAGUUGCACAGUGUGUAUUAUCCAUGAAACGACUGAAAGUGACCUUUCAGUGGCGGGCAGAAGUGUCUUAAAAAUGCCCUUAAACUGUGAAAUGUAAAGUUUAUUCCAGACCACAUUGUCCUUAAUGGGAGUCCACUAACUAGAACCAUGUGUGUGAAUUCUGCCUCUCUGCUCCCUCUUUUCCCUCUCUGCCCACCACUGACCUCUGCAAUCAUCAACAUUCCACUUCUGCUCUUUUUCAUUUUGUUCAUUUCAUCAGUUCACUGUGUAUCACUAAGUGAAAUAAAUAUAUACAUGGAUAUGCACAGUAUGCUGCUUUCUAACCAUGCUAAUGGUCUGUCUGUCAGUCCACCACUUCGGUCCAGACAGAAAUAACUCCACAACUAUUGGAAGGAUUGUGCUAAAAUUUUCUAUUACAUUAUCUGUGUCAUGUGACCCAUGGAUGCAUAUUCAGAGCUGUCACUGAUGAUCCUGCAGGUCAAGAUUUGUGACUUGUAAUGAUCGAAUGUUACAAAAUGAUGUACGUACAUUCCAAGAUGAUGUGUCCUCAUUGCUUUGGUCAUCUUUUUACAUUUGCGUUGUUCUCUCAGAAUGAAUAUAGAUUAUUUUGCUUUUCAUUUCCAGCUACCAUCUGGUCAAAAUUGAAAUUUUACAUUUGAAUUUUUGACCUGUUGAUGGCUUUCAAUGCUAAAUAGCAAAUGUCAGAAUGUGCGUAAGUGACAAGCUAAACAUAUGCAUCCUCACACUGUCAUUGUGAGCAUGUGAAGCUUCCCACACCUAUUGAUUGCACUGGCUGCACUGGUUAGGUGAGGCACUGAGGAGGGCAUUUAACCUGCCAGUUGUAUUGUAUGAUGUGGAAAUUAUUUAGUAUUGCAAAUAUGAAAUACAGGACUCAUUUUCUAUGCAGAAAUGUUUAAAUGUAAAUUUAUGAUUCACUGAUUCGUUUCAUUUCUUGGUUUAAAAAGCUGUAACUUCUCAAAGAAAGCUAACAUAGCAGCUAUUUUAAAAUUAUAUGGCUUGGGUCUGAUUGUAUCAUUUCCCAUUAACUCUAUGAAAGACGUAUGGUCCUAGUUCAUCCACUGAAAAUAUCUGACUGAUCUGCUGGGUGAAUUAAAGCAUAUCCAAAUGCUACAGAAAGAGAUCCAACUAAACUGAGGUCUUUAAGCUUUCAUAUACUAUUAAUGUGCAUUCACUGCUAGUCAAGAGAAGUAUCUACACUGUGAUCAGAGCUCACACUCCCCAGCUCCAGUUAUAUUUCACCUCCAUGUUGACAUAAAGAGGAGAUGAUAGAGGGGUGCAGUCGUUAGCAGCCUGGAUGGGUGUCAGCUGCUCUUGUGGUGGUGGAGGCGCUGUAAUGAGAGAGGGGGAGAAUUAAAUGUUCGGUUUAGUGCAACCUCCAAAUUAUUUUCGAAAGGAAAAGAGAGAGGAAGCUCACUGUGUGUGCAUGUGUGUGAGUGUGUGUGAGAUGGGAGGGGGCAAAAGGAGCCCCAGAGGUCUUAUAAAAAUGUCUCGCUCACAAAGAAAACACAGAGUUGACAGGUCAGAUGACUUAGUUUUGAGGGAAAUGGUUCAGGAGCAAUAAAAUAUGAUCAUUAAGGUAAAUACAUUUUUUUAAGUGGGUGGAAUUGUUGAAAAUGAAGACAAUAUUAAGAGGAUGUGAUAAAUAAAAGAAGAGAGAGAGAGAGAGAGA